AUGCAUACAAAGCUAAAUAUCCGUUGUAGUUCAAGGGGCGUUCGAUGUGACGAAGCUACUUUACUUCUGCCGUUGGAGAGAGAAAUGUAUAUAAGAAAAGAGUCGCAAAUAAUUGUCGCCCUCGCCCUUGUGGCUCUCGUCGCUGCUGCUCCCGUAGAGGAGGAGUCCCCAAAGAUCAUUCUCUCUGAAUACGACCAACAACCAAACGGUGCAUACCGUUACGAAUUCAAAACCGAAGAUGGUAUUUCCAAGAGUGAGGAAGCUGAUGUCAAAGAGGUUCUCGAUGCUGACAACAAGCCCCAACAGGUUUUAGUCGUCAGAGGCCAAUUCUCCUACCCCAGACUAGAUGGUGGCGUUGAGACCAUUAGCUACGUUGCUGAUGAGAAUGGUUACCGCGCUGAGGGCCCUUCCAUCCCCCAGCCCCCAGCACCCGCCAGGAGAUAA